CUUGACAAUUGGCAAACAGCUGCUUGUUUCGCCCGUUUCUUCAACCUUGUGUCUUGUCCCUAAUCCAUCAACGAACGAAAAGACGAGCCAAGUGCCUGCGAAACGCACCAGCACUGGCCAGGUUCCUCUCUGUCCAAUUGCCCCUUAGAUACAGACUUGCUCGCUUGAAGACCGCCUACUCGGUGUACGGAUUGAGGAACGAGUUGCUUCAAUCAAACAGUGCACCCUCACACUGAAACAUCGACCCGCUACACGCGGACGACCAUUUGAAUCCGUCAACCGCCAUGUCCUCUCGUUUCGUCUCGGCCGGCGCGAUCAACGCGGCAACAGGGGAGGAAGUCUCAUCAUCAUCACUCCCGAACCAGCCGGCAUCAUCGGCAACGACGGCGACCUCGGCGGCCAGCUCCAAGGCUGCCGAGAGGCAGGCGGCCUGGGCGGCCGCGACCGCCCAGCUGGAGGAGGACCGGCGCCGCCGCCGCGAGCAGCAGCAGCAGCAGCAGCAGUCCUCCCAGGAGAAGUCGCUCUACGAGAUCCUCCAGGCCAACAAGGCUGCGAAGCAGGCCGCCUUUGAGGAGGCCCACCGGCUGCGCAACCAGUUCCGCCCGCUCGACGAUGACGAGGUCGAGUUCCUGGACGAGGUGCGCAUGCGCAAGCGAAGGGAGGAGGAGGAGGCCCGCAGGGAGGUGGAGAGGGGGCUGGCCGCUUUUCGGGAGGCUCAGAGGAGGAGCGGGAGCGGGAGCGGGAGCGGCGGCGGUGGUGGUGGUGGCGGCUCCGACGAGGAAGCGGAGGCCGGAUCGGAUGGGGAGGGCCCGCUCUCGGUGGGUGGGGAGUUUGGCUUCGGCGUUGUCGGGAGGAAGCGGAGGAAGGGGGACGCGGGCAAGGAGAAGAAGAGGCUCAGGGGGGUGGGCGUCAUCAAGAGGGCGUCGACGGGCGGUAGUGACGGUGGCGGCGGCGGUGAUGAGGUGAGCCACGAGAGGCAGGAUGUGGAGGACAAAGCUGGUAAGGCUGGCGGGAGGGAAGAGUCGGUCGGGAGUAAGGGGGAGGCGAGCGACAAGGGAGUAGCUGGGGAGCCAGAUGCGGGUGCACGAGCGGAGGGGUCGACAGCAGCAGCUGUUGCGAAGGUAGAGGCACCGGAGGCGGCACCGGCAACAACACGAACACCAGCACCAUCAGCCUCGGGAGCGCCCCCAAGUAUAAGCACAUCAAAGCCCGGGGGUUUGCUGGUAGACUACUCGUCUGACGAUGACGAAGAUUGAGCCGUAGCAAUACUCUCCCACACUCUUUGUUAAUCAUGAUGGCGAGGACCAGACACGCCCCUUGCUGUCGGGGCCACAUGUUCAGAUAGGACUCAAU